AUGGAGCUCUGGCCGGCACUGACCGGAUCGCCUGGGAGUGGCUUAGGCAUUGCCCGCUUCAAUUCUAAAAUAAUGCUGGGCUUAUGGGUCAACUUUGCAAAGGAUCAGCUAUUUUGGCUACUCGGACCCAAUGGAGCUGGGAAAACCACAGCAAUUAAUUGUUUAACUGGCAUCACACCAAUAACUGGAGGAGAUGCCUUGAUCUAUGGACAUUCUGCCCGAAGCUCCGUUGGCAUGUCAAACAUUCGAAAAAUGAUAGGAGUUUGUCCACAGUUUGAUAUUUUAUGGGAUGGAUUGUCCGGGCAAGAGCAUCUCAACAUCUUCGCUAGCAUCAAAGGACUACCUGCAGCAUCAAUUAAAUCGUUAAGUGCCAGUUCACUCGAAGAGGUGAAACUUACUGAUGCAGCCAAAAUGAGAGCUGGUAGUUACAGUGGAGGAAUGAAGCGUCGCCUUGUUGCAAUAGCCUUUAUUGGUGAUCCGAAGUUAGUUAUCCUGGAUGAACAGAACGUCUCACUAAAAGAACAUACCAAAGCAUAUCUGACAUUUCUGAUUCCUCAUGAUCGAGAGGAAAUUUUGGCGAAUUUUUUUGAACUUCAAGAUUAAGAAGAUGAUCUUGGCAUAGCAGACAUUCAACUUGGGCUUGCAACUCUUCGAGUAUUCCAAAAAGAAACAGCAGGGGGGAGAUUGGUUACUCUCACAUUAACAUCUGGUGAGUUGCAUAUUCCAGUAGGAGCUACGUUUAUUGGGAUUCCAAGAACGGAGUCUGAGUCCAAAUGGUUUAGGGUUUUAGGAUCACUGCAUAUGGAUGGACAGUCGCUACCAGAAGAAGACUACUAUCUGGGAGCUUAUCUUCUGCAGAGAGAUGGGAAAGUUACUCUAGAUCUGCAAUCAAAGCAAAGUAAAGCACCGUAG